GGCCAAACUAUCGACCGUUCGAUCGGUUUUAACUUUGAUCCAUUUUAUUUAAAUUUUUUAUUAACUAGUUUCGAUUUUUAUUAUUGUUUUAAGCCAUAACUUUAUUCAGAGACGAAGAAAAUAUUUUUCAAGAAAUUUAUGGUUUGGUUUCAUAGUAAAGGAUUGGGUUAACGUUUGAUAGUUAACGCCCCCGAUCCUCCCUUCCUGGGACAAACCGAGCUCCAAUCCGGGCAGGUGAUGGGCACCGAAGCUGCCCGGAUUGGGAAACUCGGUGAAACUCUGGAAACCGAACUUGGGCAUGGAGGUCAAGAUUUGGUUUCCAGGAAAAACCGGGUUGAAACCCGGUAUGGACGCCCACGCACCAGCGGGCGUCCCCCAGUGGUUUCUGAACUCUGCGAGUCCAGCGGAAACAGAGUUCCCCUGUUCGGAAGGCUGGGCGGCGGCGGCGGCUGCGGAGAGAGCGGAGGCCGGGAUGGUCCCGGAACCGGUGGCGGCGAUGAUGGCGGACUCGGACUGCUGGAGGAGCCACUGGACGGUCUCGCCGUCGGUCUUGUGGCCGAGUUCGCGGGUGAGCUGGAAGAUCCGGGCGGCGCAGAGGGCGGGCAUGCGGACUCGCCGGCCACGGCCGUCGACCUUCUUGUGCCGGUCUUUGUUGGAGCUCCUCUUGACGAGAUGCUUCUUAUUGGUGGUGGUGGGGGUGUUCCCGUUUUGCCCUUCAGCAGGGGGAUCGUCGUCGUGGGCGGGUCUAUUAGUAGUAUGGGAGGGAGAAAGGACCUGAAGGUCUUUGGAGUGGUGUGCUGGGUUGAUUCCGGCCAUGUUUGUUUGUUUGAUUAUUUGGAGGAAAGGAUUUUGGGGGAAGUGGUGGGUACCCCCAAAGUUGGUUUGCAUUCAAUUGAUUGAUUCACUAUCUCUCUCUCUAUCUCUCUCUUUGUUUGAGGCCUUUGGGUUGGAGGG